UUUUGUUCCCCUGGCAUCUGAGGCUUCCCAGCCUGUUGUUUGGCGUCAGCAAGGAAAGUCUUCUUGCACUGCAGCUUCAACCUCCAAGACCUCUCUCUUGUGCCUAGGCCUUCCCUGCUGCAGCUACAUCGCCUGCAUGUAUCACUGAUGGAGAGAUACUGUAGGGGAGAGGUGGAUCACAGUGCUUCCAGGAGUAGACCCUGAAGUAGCAGAGAAAACCCAGAAUUUUCUGAGGAAAUACAGCAGCAAGAUCUCCUGUACAAGAACAGAUCACUCACCAGUAAAUUGAGCUAAGAGCUCUGUUGCAGAUUGUGGCAUAUGUUGUUAAUCCAGCAUCAUGCACCUUUACCUCCUUUGGCAGAAAUGGGGAGAACAGGCUAACCUCUCUGGGAGGCCUCGGCAUCAAACUCCAAAACCUGAACAAAUCUGAUAAACAAAUUUCUUCUAUCAGCAGAGGGCGCAUCCUCAUUAACCAAGCCAGGGCCCUGCUGCUCGAUGCCAGACCCCGCGUGCUCAUCCACUGGGACUUGGACUUGGAAGAUGGGAUGAAGUGAGGCAGUGACAAACCGCAGGCAGAGGAACUUGUGAAAGUGACACAGCUGUACUGUAGAAACUCCAGCCCACAGACUUUGCUGCCAGAGGAACUUAACUGCCAGUGCUGGUGGACCCAAGAGCCAGGAUUACCUGAGACAUGGAGCGAGAACCGAUGCGCAUAAGGGAGGGCUACUUGGUUAAGAAGGGCAGCAUGUUUAAUACCUGGAAGCCCAUGUGGGUCGUGCUCUUAGAAGACGGAAUUGAAUUCUACAAGCGGAAGGCUGACAACAGCCCCAAAGGGAUGAUCCCACUGAAAGGCAGUUCUAUUAACAGCCCAUGCCAAGAUUUUGGCAAAAGAAUGUUUGUCUUCAAGCUCACUGCAGCCAAGCAGCAGGACCACUUUUUUCAAGCUGCCUACCUGGAGGAGAGAGAUGCCUGGGUCCGGGAUAUAAAGAAAGCAAUUCGUUGCCUAGAUGGAGGCCAAAGGUUUGCCAGAAAAUCCACAAGAAAGUCUAUCAGGCUGCCUGAAACAAUCAACCUGAGUGCUUUGUACCUCUCAAUGAAAGAUCCUGAAAAGGGAAUAAAGGAGUUGAAGCUGGAAAAAGAUAAAAAGGUGUUCAAUCACUGCUUUACAGGUGCCUCUGUGAUUGACUGGCUGGUGUCUAGCAACUCCAUCCGAAAUCGCAAAGAAGGUCUGAUGCUUGCCUCUUCCCUCUUGAGUGAAGGCUACCUACAGCCUGCAGGAGAUACAUCCAAGGCUGCUGCUGAGGGACUGUCAGACACCCCCUUCUUAGAUCUCAGUGAUGCCUACUAUUACUUUCCAGACAGUGGGUUUUUCUGCGAGGGAAAUUCUAGUGAUGAUGAUGUAGUCCUGAAAGAAGAAUUCAGAGGCAUGGUAGUCAAACAAGGAUGUUUGCUGAAACAGGGACAUCGGAGGAAGAACUGGAAAGUGAGAAAGUUUGUUUUAAGAGAUGACCCUGCAUAUCUUCACUACUACGAUCCUGCUGGAGGAGAAGAACCACUAGGAGCAAUUCACUUGAGAGGCUGUGUGGUGACAGCAGUGGAAGAUAUGCCAGACUCCAAGAAGUAUGAUGUUGACAACAUUCUCUUUGAAAUCAUCACAGCAAGUGAAAUCCACUAUUACUUGCAAGCAGCCUCAUCUGCAGAGCGUACGGAGUGGAUCAAAGCAAUUCAGACAGUUUCUAGGACUGGAAAAUGAAGAUGAUCUGCCAGCAAGAAGACAGACAACUGAAAUUAGUUACUCAAAACAAAACAAUUUUAGCAUUUCACUGAGAGAAAGCGAUAUCAUCCAGAAAGGCAUCCUAAGGCUUGUGGGUUGGGGGUGAGGGCGGGUAAUAAGUUUCAAUUCUAUAGUGGGCACUAACAAACUAACAUUUUUCCACCUGUGUUAUGGUAAUAUUUUACUAAAUUAUAGCAUAGAGCAUGCCAUAUUACUGUGUGCUGCUUAGAGUAAUCAGUCUGCCUUGGGAAGGUUGCACCCUUCCCUGCUGCCACAGCUGAUAGUAAGAAUUUCACCAUUAACAGAGGCCAGAGUCAUGUCACUGACUGAGGAACUCAAACCAGUCACCUGCCAUUCAGCCUGUGUUGUGUUUCAGUAUCUUCAGAUAUUUCAAAGUCUUCCCAGGAUAAACUUUACACUUUGUUCUUCAGUAGAUCUUUUUAGUGCUUGUUCACCCAUACAAGUGAUGCCGUAGAUUUAAGGAAAGAAAUCAACUUACUUGGAAACCUGAUCCACUCCUUUAUAAUCUUUCAGUGUUAAGGAAGGGAAAAAUGCAGACAACUAUGGAAAUGCCAUGUGGAAAGCAAUGACAACUCAAUGACAGCGGUAUGAGGAAAAGUCUCUUCCCACAGUAUUUCAAGCAGGAAGCAAUUUCAGUUCAACUUCUUUAUCACCUGGUUUUGAUUUUGCUAAAUUUCUCCAUAAGAAUCUGCUCUAGGACCAUUGCUUCCCUUCAUUUAGGUCUCCAAAACGGUUGCUAGGGUGUCAUGUACUGCUGAUUUGACCUGUAUUUGAAUUAAGAAUCUUGCAGGAGAAGGGAAAGGAUCCAUGGGUUACUUAUUUGAACUGCUGAUCGAAGUGGUUUUGUUUAGGUUUUUCUCUUUUAACAUCCAGCAACAUACUCAGUCCUUGGUUCUGUGCCUUAGUAAUACAAGAGAAACCUUAUGCUAGCUGUAACCGAAAUAAACAUUAUUAUUCGAUAGGGUCAGUUUACCUGAUGAAUCCUUAUUUUUUUUUGGCUGACUGUACGUAUCAAACUUCUAAGUUUAAACUUUAAGCAGGAGUUGAAAGUCAAGUUCAUGUCAGACUGUCAGUCUGUCACACGUCAUACUGAUGUUUCUGCGUGCAAGUAAACUUCAAAACUUUUAAAACUCUCUUUGUAGAUGUAAUAAGGUACCUUAUCUUUAAAAAUUCUUAUUCACGUCUUUUCAGUCUAGGGAGAAAUCUAGAGCUAAAGCUUCUCUUCAAUGCUGCUUAAUUAUACCUGUAUCUGAGCUGAUGAGCCUGAAGUUGUUUUGUGCUAGUGUUGCUUAUCACAAUGAAAACACAGCCUUGCAGGGCAGCAGGCUGGCCAACAUGGCAUUGUCAUGUCCAUUUAAGACAUCCAGAGGAAAUCAGCUUCUGGCAGGCAUUUCCUGUAUCUCACGCAAGCUGACAGGACUGCUGAACCCUGGUCUGUCAUUCUGAGGAAGGAAGACUCAUGGCAAAAAGAUACCCUGUUUGCACAGCCUGCUUUCUUGAUAAUUGCUUUGUGGUCGCUGCUUAUUUUUGCUCUCAUAGCUCACUAACCCAAAAAUAUCCUAUGGCACAGGAAAAUAGAAAAAAAAAAAAAACCAAACACAAACUAAACCACACAGAACCAAACAACAGAAACUUGCCAAGCUUAGCAAAGGAGGGAUGCAACUGCCAAUUUUUAAUAAAACUGAAAAGUUUUACCA